AACCUCUCCACAUUAUUCUCUCUCUCUCUCUAUCUCUUUCUUUCUUUCUUUCUUUCUCUUUCUUCGUUCCUUUCCGUUGUUGAUCCUUUGGAGCCUGCGGCUAAAACCCAAAAAAGGUGAUUGUUUCCAGCGAGAUCCAUUGCACCUGACUGGUCGUUUUCCCUUCAAUUUCCAUGGCGGAUGAUGAUCUUGCUGAUCCAAAGAAGUACCUUGAAGAUUCUUGCAAGCCAAAAUGUGUGAAACCUUUACUUGAAUAUCAGGCAUGCAUAAAAAGGAUCGAGGGCGAUGAAACUGGGAGCAAGCACUGCACAGGACAGUAUUUCGAUUAUUGGUCUUGUGUUGACAAAUGCGUUGCGCCCAAGCUAUUUCCAAAUUUGAAGUAAUAAUGGGAGGAUUAGCUGCUUUGUGGUAUAUUAAUAUCACUCGGCUACUUUGUUCUUCAACCAGACAUCUCUCAUUGGUUCUGUUUUCACUCACUCAUGAACUUUCAAUGUUUUCAUGUUGCUAAAUUCAUCAGUGCUGUGUACUUUCUUGAACCAUGGAGGGCCUUCGAAUAAAGUCAAUAAUACAGGCCCUCUGGAUUAAAUUUGUUUGAUUCACCAUCCAGCAGUUUGAAAAUUGUCCU